UCUUAUCUAUACUGGUCUAUAUAAAGCAAAGCGGGCCUUGUUACGAUUCUAAAAACAGUCUCUUGUUCGCCAAGUUAGCAGCGUUCUGCAGCUAUACCCAGUAAGAGUAAAGCCGUUUAUUCCCCGAGCUUUUUAUCUACACAACAUGAUGAAUACAUCUAUUACCGAUAUAGAUUUGUCAUCUUUAAAGAACGCCUUGACAACAGCCACGUUAAGCCAGCAGAUGGUUUCAUUGGCUAAUAGUACAUUUCGAUUAGCCGCGUCGGCGAUCACCAGACUCCAGCAACAACAACGUUGCGAGGCGGAAUUAGCCAGCUUAGCUCACUUGCCGGAAUACUCGUUGGAACAGGUUUCCUGGCAUGACCAACAAGACGAUUGUUGGAUUGUUCUCAACGACAAAGUAUACAAUGUCACCAAACUCAUCCACAACCAUCCAGGUGGAUUAGAAGUAAUGAUGGAACAAGCUGGACGGGAUGCCACAUUAGCCUUCCGCUCCGUUGGACAUUCCAUUGACACGAUUGAACAAGUGGAUGAAUUUCUUGUUGGUAUCCUGCCCGUUAGGGAGCGCAUGUACCUGCGUUCUGCCAAAUAACGGCCGAAUUGUACGGAUUGCAGACAAGCUGACUUCGUUUCCCGAGGAAAUUGUACAUUAAUUUAAAUUUCGUAAAGCGUUUAAAUAUUCUAUGAAAUAUUUCGUAAUUGUAUUUUAUUAACUCUUAACUGUGAUAACUUUGUUAUUCCAAACUCAUGUUUUUAUUAAAAUUAUAGUUGGUUUUUA